UAGGAAGCACAUGACAAGUCUCAAGUAUUACUGAAAUUCCUAUAUAAAGAAAAAAAUGGAUGAGACUCAACUAUUCUGAUUUUAAAGCAGAAUCUGAGGACAUCUUUUAUCAGCAAUCAUGAAGUGGAUCGUAUUAGCUUUAGUCGUCGUGUCAGCAUCACAAGUACUGGCAAAGAGAUGCAAGAGCAAUGAUGAUUGUGAAGAGGAUGAAUGUUGCGUGAACUUCAUCCUCGUGUCUUGGUUCGGAGGUCAUUGCCAGAAGUACAAACAAGAAGGUGAAAUUUGUCCAAUCAUUGACGCCGAUGAGGAUGAGAAACCAGACAUGUACCACUUCAUGUGUCCCUGCAAGGAAGGCUUAGAGUGCCAGCCUGAUAAGGAAUUCAAGAUUGGAGAACACAUCAUUGUCAAGCAACCCGGCUGCGUUGCUCCAGGAGAAGUUACAACAGAAGUUACCACAGAUGUUCCAAAAGAAGAAUAAAUUGCAGCACCAAAACUAUAUUGAUUUUGUAUAUUGUAGUUUUUGAUUAUGUGUAUUAUCUUGAUAUAAAUAAAAGUCAUCGUGAUUA